AUGACGAUAUCUGAUUGCAUUUUUUUCUACUUUUUUUCAGGAUUGGCGUUGCCUUGUCUGACUGCAAGCCCAAAUACAUCAUUGCUCUAUCCUUAUGGGAAAACCCAAGGAGACUCAGAAAACCCAGUAGCUGAUGAUGGGAAUUCUCCAGAGAUCUCCAUCAAAAAGCCAUUCUCCUUCUACGGCAAGAAAUACAGCUCCCUUUUUGUCAACAACAAUGGGGGUGUCUCUUUUGGAAAGUAUGUCUCAGAGUACACUCCUAAUGCUUUCCCUCUGAAAAAUGGAAUAGCCUUUGUUGCUCCAUUUUGGUCUGAUGUUGACAAUAGAGUCAGUGGGAGCAUCUUCUGGAGACAGACCGAAGACCCAGUGCUGCUUAGCCGCUUUGCUGCAGACCUCAGUCGGUACCACCCUGAUAUUUCUUUCACACCCAUGUGGAUGUUUGUUGCCACCUGGGACAAAGUAGGCUACUACGGAUCUGCUUCAGACAAGGUCAACACUUUUCAAGUUGUCUUGGCUACGGAUGGAAAAAUAUCCUUCAUCCUGCUGAAUUAUGCUCUUAUACAGUGGACCACUGGAACUGGAAACGAUGGAGAUAUCUAUACAGGACUUGGAGGAAUCCCCGCUCAGGCUGGCUUUGACAGCGGGGACCAAGAAAAUUACUACAACAUCCCUGGUUCCCGAACUCCUGAAAUUCUCAAUAUUAUGAAGACCAGCAAUGUCGAUGAACCAGGUUGCUGGCUGUUUCAAGUGGAUAAGUCAAUUAUUGGAGUUCCCACGGCAAAAAGUGAUUGCUUGAAUAAGUGAAGCCCACUUCCAACGCAGACAAUCUGCUUCUCCAUGCCAGCCUGGGACAAGUUGAACAGCAUCUGCCAUCUUUCUCAAAUCCCUCUGCUACCCUCUUCGAACAAGAAAAAGUUUUCGGGAGCUGCCAUUGACUGUAGAUUUAGCAAUAAAUGAUUGCACUCA